AUACUGCCUGCCCUUUGAUGUCUUUCUUUCAAGAGAAAACAGGGCGGGGCUGAUUUCACCCCUCUACUUCCAAGAACAGAAAGCUGUGGUAAGUUGCUGUGCCUUGCAUAGCUGUCAACCUUCCCUUUUUUGGCGGGAAAUUCCCUUAUUCCAGCGCCGUUUCCCGCUGCUUCCCGCUGCUAUCUCGGAUUGUUAGAUAUCCCAUAGACUGUCCCCGGGACAGGUGAGGCUGCUGAUCCCUUAUUUUCAAAUUUGAAAGUUGACAGCUAUGGUGCCUUGAGGGGGUGGGUUGGCUCCCUACAGACAGACUUCACCGCUACCCACUUCUGGGACUGUUGACCCAAUGGAUUACCUUGGAGGACAACUGCUUCGGUUUUCCCUCCAUCGUUUCUGACUUGGUUUAAGUCUGGGAGUAGGAAACUUGUCCCCCCCCCCCAGGUGUGGUUGGACCACGACUCCCACCCCUGCUUCCUGUUGGCCAUGCUGGCUGGGCCUGAUGGGAGUUGAAGUCCAAGAACAGAUGGAGCCCACAGGCUCCCUAUCCCUGCCUUAAUCAGUUGUAUUAAAAAGCCAGAACAGGCACUCAUGCAGAGACUGAGCAGGAAGCCUCCUUGUCUGGGUGGCACUCCCAGCUCCCAGAAGUCUGCCUCUCUGUGUUCGUGAUUUCUUUAAACAUUCAGGAGACAAGUCACAGGCUUUAAGCAUGUCCCUGCCACGAGCAUUCACUACCACAAGACAUACCUCUAGCUUUUUAGACUUUUUUUGUUUCCCACCCUGGGACUGAAAAUAUUCAGUGAAAAGUGGACUAUAAACACCACUAUUAAGUAAGUAAGUAAGUAAGUAAGUAAAUGCAUUUUGUAGGAGGGUCUCCAGCACACAGGAGAAAUUUAGGUUUGUGCAAUUGAAGUGGAUUAAAAGGCAAUAUCACCCCAGUGCAAUAAACACAUUUUUGAAAAGAAAAAAGGAACAGACUUUUUGCAGCUUGGAAAAUGAUGUGGAAAUGCCUAGAAAAGUGUUGAAGGAAGGAAUGCCUGACAAGCAAAUCAGGCUGAGUGCUGAGCUCACCAUCAUAUAAUCACCCUGCGAACAAUGUGGUAUAGUGGUUAGAGUGUCAGACUAAGGCCCAGAUGGCCAGGAUUCAAAUGCCUACUCAGCUAUGAAGCUCACUAGGUGACCUUGGGCUGAUCACUGUCCUCUCAGCCUAACCUGCCUCCCAGGGCUGUCAUGAGGAGGUGGAGAAACAUAUACCGUAUGUCACUUUGAGCUUCUUGGAGAUAAAGGUGGGAUGUAGACUGGAUAACUUAUUUAAAAAAUAAUAAGUGAAGAGGGUAGUGAAAUUAAAUUUUAAAAGUUUGAAGAAUUGCCAAGUAUGUUAAUAAACUGGUUGCAAUAUUAUCAACUAAAUGAAUUGUUUAAAACAGAUAAAAAGUUAGGUUUUGGGAACCAAUCAUUCCAAUUGGAGAAAGACCUGCUAGAUAGUAAUAUUAAGGUAAUUUCAGAAACGUAUAAGAUAAGCAAACAAAAGAUGAGCAAGUGAAAUCUUCUAUGAUACACUGGGCAGUGGAUAGAAAAAAGGAAUAAAUCUGAAUCAAAUGUUUGCUGGAAGUGCAAAGAAAAAGAAGGUACCUUUUUCCAUAUGUGGUAGACUUGUAAGAAGGAAAAGCCUACUGGGAAAUGAUAUACAAUGAGCUGAAAAAAAUGUUUAAGGUAACUUUUUAUAAGAAACCAGAGGCUUUUCUUUUAGAGAUUAGAGAUACCUAAACAAUAUAAAAACUUUUUUAUAUAUGUGACCACAGCUGCUCGUAUGAUAUUUGUCCAAAGAUGGAAAGAAGACAAUGUUCCAACCAAAGAAGAAUGGCAACAAAAAAUUAUUGGAAUAUGUAGAAAUGGCAAAACUCACCGGAAGAAUAAGAAAUCAAUACAACAAAGUAUUUGAUUUAGUGUGGAAAUUGUUUAUUGAAUAUUUUAUAAACUAUUGCAAACAGAUACAAUCAUUAGCAGGUUUAACGUAAAGACGUGCAGUGUGAUAAAACUAAUUUCCAAUAUAUGGGUAAACUAAUAAUUAGGCUUAAACAGGGAGUUGCUGUAAAGAUACUAUAAAUAUAAGAAACCACAGAAAGGGAGGAGGCAGGCAGAAAUGGAGUUUUGAAAUUUGAUGUAAAACAAUAUCUUUUUUGUUUGAUGGGAAAUGGAAAAUGAUACACACACACACACACACACACACACACACACACAAAUAUAUAUAGGAGAAAGGUGGUAUAUAAAUGCAAUAAAAUAAUCGAUAAAUCAAAGUGAACUCUCAGCAAAGACUGAUGAUUGGCAACUUCCGGGUUGGCGCCUCUGGCAAUGGCGGAUUUCCUCCGAUCGGGAGGAAUCCGCUCCGUGGAAAACAGGGUCUGAACCGCCACGGCGAGGCGGAGACCCAUCAAAAACCACAGGUGGGAGAAGCCUGUGGACGUGGGAUUCGGCUGGCACCUUUGCGCCCCCCCUACUCGCGGGAAAACCCUACUUUGGGGAUCCGGAGCGACGUGGGGUGAGUGGCGCGGUGCUUUGAAUCGACUGCUUCUUUCACGGAGUGAAGCUGCAUUGCUGUUGCCGGAGAGCGCUGACUUUUUCCUGUGGACAAUUGGAUUUCAAACAACUGCCCGUGAGUAGAACGGAAAAUUGGACUAUGAAAUUUCUUAAUUAGGCACCAAAAGCAGGAAGGUCUAAACAGGAAGUCCGCCUUCCGCUUUUGUAGAUAGAUUGAAGCAAAAACACGGCAAGCUAGAGUUCAGAAAGUCGUUUGGAAAGGACUAAAUUUUCAUCAUUUAAAAUUACUGAACCCCGCUUGGAAGCAGGAGAAGAGGGGGGAACCUUUUUUAGACUGUUUAAACCUGCAGAAGAGAGAGUAAAGAAAGGUAAUUUUCCAUCGUCUUGAACCUGGGAGCGGGGUGUCAAGACAGAUGUUUUGGAGAAGCUCCUUGACUAUGGACAAACGUUUUUGACAGAUAGUUAAAAGAACAGAAACAUAUUGAUUCCAUUGUUCCCUUUCGCUUUUAAAAGGAACAAAAUAUCAACAAAAUAUCCGAAAAAGGAAAACUUUGUUGCUAAAUCUGCUUUAAAAAAAAAAAGGGAAAAAAAGAUGGAUACAAAUAGAAAUUGUUUCCCCUAGAGGGAGCUUGUGAAACUGUUAUUAAAGUCGAACUGGGGAGUUUUGCAGCUGUAAAAGAUUAAAGAUCGUGGGACCAGACUUCGACCUUGAACAAGAAUGUGCUCAGAGGCUCUGGUGCUUGCCUUUUGCAAGACAAGUGCUUUAUUGGAACAGUUACAUGAGAAAAUGGAUUUGAUGACAGUUGCGAUAGGAAAUUUUGGACAGGCAGUGGGUACCUAUAUAGAACCCACUCAGGAAUUAAUCCAGGAAUGUGCUUUGACAGAUGAGAUGAGGGAGGAGGCUGUUGUUGGACCUUGGGUGGCAGAGAUGGAGGGAGCUGUGGCCCAGCAGGAACAUGAGUCGUUGGAUUUGAUGAAUGAACCUGGAAAAAGUCAGAUUUGGAGAGAUGGAGUUCUGCUUGGUUUGGAGAUGGGGGGCUGGAUGGACCCCCCUAUGCAGAGAUGUUUUGAUUUUUCAAGUCUGGCUUUAGGCUGGGAGGAGCUCGGAGUUGUGGGGCCCCUAAUUUUGGAGGGGCCUUGAAACAUGCUUUUAAAUACCACAUGGAUUUCAGUGUUGACUAUGGAAAAGGGGCUGACUUGUCGAGAAGGGACAAAAAUAUUGUCAAGUUGGAGUCUCCCAGAGUGAAAGGAGCAGAAGACAAAGUAAAGUACAGGUAUAAACAUGAAGAAGACCUGCGGAAGGGACAUGGAAAAGACUUAAGAGCCUUGGAUAUAAGGUCACCAGGUUGAUGGACUAGAUGGAUGGGAUAGAAAGGACUGACAAAACCCGAGACCAGGAGAAGAGACGAUGGAUGAAGAUUGGAAGAAAGUUUUAAAAAUUUAUUUAGAAAAGUAUCGUAAAAUUAAUGAGUAUUAGAAAAAUGUUGGAAUGAAAUUAUUUGGCUUUAGCAGAAAUGUUAAAAAGAAUUAUGUAAGAAUAUGCUAUGGUUAAAAGAAUUCGGUAUAAAUAAGAUUUAAGUUUUAAGUUUUAGGGUUUUUUAUGGUAAGAUAAGGUUAAAAUAGAUUAAGGUAAUUUAAUGACAGAAUAUUGUGAAAGAUGGAAAGGAUUUGCUGAGAUAAUUAACAACUAGAAUACAAAAAAGGGAGAUGUGAGGAGGUCGAUGAAAUAAGUUAAUGAAAGUUAAGGAUUUGGGAAUAUUGGAUUUGUUUUUAAAUUUGUUGUUUAUUUUUGUUUUUUGAUUGUGUUGCAUUGUGUGUUUUGUUUUUUCUUUUUGAUUUUGGUUUUUAUUGAUUUGUAUUGUUUAAUUGUUACUUUUAUCUACUUUUUUCUUUCUUUUUCUCUUUCUCUUGUUUUUUCUUUCUUUUUUUCUUUGUAACUUUAAAAUUCUCAAUAAAUAUCAUUUUUUAAAAAAGACUGGUGAUUGGCAUACAUUUAAAGGGGACUGUAGCUUGUAAAGGGUUUGGGGAACUGUAGGUCAGUAAGGGGCAAACUAUAGUUCCCAUUAUCCUUUGGUGGAAGCCAUAGGGUUUAAAUGCGUGGUGUGUACAUAGCCAUAAUCAAACCCCUGCAAAAACAAAUCAGGAGGGAUGCCCAGUAAACAGGCUGUCAGGAGGAGCUGUCCAUGGACCAUUUAGUCAAGCAUAGGCAAACUCCGGCCCUCCAGAUGUCUUGGAACUACAAUUCCCAUCAUCCCUAGCUAACAUCCCUAGCUAACAGGACCAGUGGUCAGGGAUGAUGGGAAUUGUAGUCUCAAAACAUCUGGAGGGCUGGAGUUUGCCUAUGCCAGGUUUAGCUAUUCUUAUGUUCUUAAAGAAGUUGCAAGAGAUAAUAACCGCCUGACAAAAUGUCCCUCUUCUUUCCCCCACAGCUGAGACUCAAUUAUGAAAACUACCGGAAGAAGCAUUGAUAGCAAGGCAGUGCUGGAACCAAAGCCCGUAGUCCGCAAAUGGGUGAGUUUGGACAUGGCCAACUCCCUGCAAUGCAGGAAUAUGCAGCUGUCCCACAUGGGGAUUGAACUUGCAGCCUUGGCAUUAUCCCCACCAUGCUCUAACCGUCCAAUUUGACCUAAGAGGCCAUUUUUAAAAUUCAACCCUCCCACAUCAAACAAGUGACAUCACACAACCAGAAUACUGGGGAGUGUUCUGCUGUUGCACUCAGGUCCUGCUACGUUCUUUUCUAAAUGAUGCUGCCGGCUCCCAGAAGCCUUUGGUCCAGCAAUAGGGGGAACUGUGGGCCUUCUAGAUACUGCUGAACCGCAGCUCCCACUAGCCCUGACUACUGACCAUGCUGGCUUGGGGCUGAUGGGAAAUGGAGUCCAGCAAUGCCUGGAGGGCCACAGGUUAUAUCACCUUGCACCAUAAACACUCCUCCUAUGAGCAGAACUCUGCCCACACUGCCUUAAGAUCCAAGCCAUUUGUCUUUCAUUAACUAUGUCCUAUGCAUUGAUGGGGACACGGGUGGUGCUGUGGGUUAAAGCACAGAGCCUAGGGCUUGCCGAUCAGAAGGUUGGCGGUUUGAAUCCCCGUGACGGGGUGAGCUCCCGUUGCUCGGUCCCUGCUCCUGCCAACCUAGCAGUUCGAAAGCACGUCAAAGUCCAAGUAGAUAAAUAGGUACCACUCCGGCGGGAAGCUAAACAGCAUUUCCGUGCACUGCUCUUGUUCGCCAGAAGCAGCUUAGUCAUGCUGGCCACAUGACCCAGAAGCUGUACGCCGGCUCCCUCGGCCAAUAAAACGAGCUGAGCAUCGCAACCCCAGAGUCGGUCACAACUGGACCUAAUGGUCAGGGGUCCCUUUACCUUUACCUUACGCAUUGAUGAAUGCUUUGCCUGACAGCUGCUCUUAUCUGCUGCUUUGAUUUCCUGUAGGAGGUGACAAAUUCGCUUCUCCGAACAGUGCUGGUCACCAGCUUGGGAUCUAUCCAAUAUGGUUACGUCAUCUGGGUAGUCUAUUCCCCAGUGCUGGUAAGAGGACCCUGCGGCACAGGCGGUUUCUUACAACAGGGGCUUCUGACUAAGCUUCUGGGAGUUAGCAAAUCAUGGAACAGUAGAGUAGGAAGAGACCCCCAGCGGUCAUCUAGUUGAACCCCUUGCGAUCCAGGAAUCACAGCUAAAGUCAUCAGAGAUAUUUUCAGGUUGUAUCUAGGGGUGGAGAGAAAUUUGAAAUAGUUUGUGUUUUAAGGGCACAACUACCUAGAAUACACUUUCCAAAACUGGAACACCCUUCAAAAUUCACACUUCUCAGAAUUUUGUGGUGCAGUGUUUCAGCUAGUGUAUACAAAAAAUAAAAUGUGUAUAUUAUUAGUGCAGAUAAAUGCAUAUAUAUUAGUUAAAAUAAGAUAGGCUUCCCACCAGGUUUUACUCAGCGUAGUGCCAUAGGGGUCUCCUAACAACUCUCAGCAUCCUUAACAAAUGAAAUCAUUUGGUGACGAUGGAGCCUUGGUCUCUUGCAGCAAAAACUCGAAAGUGUCUAGUGGGACUUUAAAACAGGUGUGGAGGAUCUUUCUUCAGCCCAAGGCUCACAUUCCCUUCUGAGCAACCAUUGGUAGAUGCCGUUGGUGGACAAGGCUGGAGGAAGAACCAUUUACAGAAAGAAGAAAACAAUGAAAUGCUUAGGUUUUAUUUUACAAAGUUGAAAUCAACUAUUUAAAACCUUUUUAAAAAAUGAAAAUUAAAAUCAAUGGUAAGCCGAAAACCGGAUUCAAACAGACACCAACGCUCUAUGUGUCUGUAUAGGCUUUCUCAAAAGAAAACGUUUUUAGCAGUCGCUGAAAAGAAUACAGUGAAGGCGCCUGCUUGAUAUCAAGAGGCAGGGAGUUCCAAAGUGCAAAUGCUGCCACUCUAAUAGAGAGAAGUUCUACAUAUGAGUAUUAUGUGGCACCUGCAAGGGUGCCAGUUCCUUCUGAUUAGGAUGUGUUGUGGAUACACUAACCCUGCCCAUGAUAUGAUUUCCUCUCUUAGCUCAUGGAAGACAUGGGUAAUGCUGCGAAGAAUCCAGGAGAGCAGCAGUAUCUGCUCUUCAUGCUAGGCCUUGCCAUCAGUUUGUUCCCUAUUGGAGGCCUUACUGGAGCACUCAUCGCAGGAGUCAUGGUGGAUGAAUAUGGAAGGUAUAUAUAGAUGACCUGGUGAUUAGUGAACUUCCAGUCCUAACUUUGGACGUGGGGCAGGUGGGCAGGGGAGUGGGGCUUCUGCUGAGCCCUGUCUCCCCAGCCGAGGCUCGAUUUAACUUCUGGCUGAGGAGGUUCACCCUGUAAAAAGGCAUCCCACAUUUUAACAAAAGAUAUUCAGCCAGCUGAAAUAAUGCCAUCAUUUGGGUGGCAUUCGACAAAGCUUUUACUCAGAGCAGACCCAUUCAAAUGAAUGAGCCAGACUGAGUGAGCCCCCCCUGAUUUCAGUGGGUCAUCUCUGAGCAAAACUCAGCCAAUGACUGCCCUUAGAUUUUAAGCGGAAAUGCAAGGAAUCUUGCAAAAGAUGUACUGUAUUGCCAUUGAGAUGGCUGGUGUGGCUCAGACACCACAUCAAAGAAAAGGAAAGAAGUACCAGCCUCUGCUUAAUGGUUUCCCUCAUUCUGUGGACUUUCUCCAUGCUAAUAGGGCUGCGUACAUACCAUGUAUUCGAAGCACAAGGCUUUCCCCAAAGAAACCCGAAGACUGCAGUGUACCUUUCACAGAGCUACACUUCCUGGCACCCUUAACAAGCUACCAUUCCCAGGAUUAUUUGGAUUACAGGAACUACUGUUUAGAAAGUGCCCAAGUUUUUAUUUGGAUUUUCCUAUUCCCUCCAUAUCCCUUUUCCUUCCGUGACUUUUGUUGUUGUUGUGAGAGGGGUUUUUUUAGAUUGUAAACCUGCAGAUAGGGACUGGCUGCCUUGCUUUGGUUUUACUAAGCCUCCCUGGGAUCCCUUUUGGUAUAAAAUUAAGCUAAACAUAGGAUCAGAAUUAAAUAAGUCUUGAAAAUAAGUAGCCGGGUUGCCAGGUUAUACAGCUUUAUGAUCCCAACUAAUUCCCCUCCCCUCUCUGGUCCUGCACCCACCAUGUCCUCGGAUGAUUCUUCUGGGAUGAACAAGGUACGCAGGUGUAUCUUUGACUGAGCCGGGAUUAGAAAUUUAACGCCAGCAGAGCCAGGAGUCAGCCCGCUGAGACGCACAACCUCCUAAACUGCUCCUCCUGGCAGAUCUUGCUUCCCCCAAAGGAUGCGUGGAACUCUUCCAAUCAUUCCACAUGUUCAUUGGCCCAGUCAUUCCCUUCCUUUCCCCACUCUUUCCAGGAAAGGUGCCUUGCUGAUCAAUUGCUUCUGCUCCAUGGUGUCCUCUAUGUUUAUGGUUUGCGCCACUGUGGUGCAAGCCUUCCUGUUCACAAUGGUUUCACGCUUCAUCGUUGGAAUAACCAUAGGUGAGUCGGGCUACUUCCUGGAUUUAGUAAGGGUGUGGGGUUAAGAGAAAAAUCUGAGUUGGGAAGGAACCAGUGCUUGCAAUUCAAAGACGUCCUGUGCACAUAUCAAAAGAAGAACCUCCCCACCACCACCACCUUAAUAAUAAUAAUAAUAAUAAUAAUAAUAAUAAUAAUAAUAAUUUAUUAUUUAUACCCCGCCCAUCUGGCUGAGUUUCCCCAGCCGCUUUGGGCGGCUCCCAAUCAAGUGUUAAAAACAAUACAGCGUUAAAUAUUAAAAACUUCCCUGAACAGGGCUGCCUUCAGAUGUCUUUUAAAGAUAGGAUAGUUGCUUAUUUCCUUCACAUCUGAAGGGAGGGUGUUCCACAGGGUGGGCACCACUACCGAGAAGGCCCUCUGUCUGGUUCCCUGUAACUUCACUUCUCGCAAUGAGGGAACCGCCAGAAGGCCCUCGGCGCUGGAUCUCAGUGUCCGGGCUGAACAAUGAGAGUGGAGACACUCCUUCAGGUAUACACUGCUUUGGGGAGCCUCCAGCCCAUGGGCCAAACCUGGCCCAUCAGCAGGGAUGUAGCUAACAAUAAUGAUAGCAAUUAUAAAUAUUUUUUAAAAGACCGUUUAGAAAGAGCAACAGCACACACAUCGGCCAGAUUUGGAUCCAAGACAGAUACCAGCUGCUGAAAUAGCAGGUGCCAAAAAAGCAAUAGAGAAGGUGCCUGCCUGAUACGCAGUGGGAGGGAGUUCCAGAGGCUACGUGCCGCCAAACUAAAGGCAUGAUUCUGGCCAUCAUGUGGAAUGGACCUCCUGGUAGGAUGGCAUCUGCAGAAUGCCCUCUCUUGCAGAACACAAUGUCUGGUUGGGUAAGUGGGAGAUGUUUGUAUGCUUCUAUGGCUGUCACAUGCCUACUGUGAAUAAUGCCUUGAUUUAUCCCCUAACCAGGCAUCUUCUCCAUCGUGGUCCCAUUAUACCUCAUAGAGAUCUCCCCACUGAACAUGAGGGGAGCCAUUGGCAUGCUGCCUCACUUCUUUCUAGCUGUAGGUGUCCUCCUGGCUCAGUUACUCUCUUUUCCUGAAAUGCUGGGGAACGAAGAAGGUAAAUCAGAGAAGAGCACCUCUUAGCCCAAAGGUCAUGGUAGAAUUGUAGAGAUGGAAGGUAUUGCCAGGGGUCAUUUAGUCCAACAUGCUGCAAUGCUGGAAAGAGUCUCCAACAGAUGACUCAACUCCCAAUGAAGAAGAGCUCGCCACCUUCUGAGGGAGACAGUUCCACGACCCCUCCAGUUCCAUGUGGUGCUCACAAGCACCAGUGAACCCCCACCAGUACCACCUAUGGUGCCCACAAAAAGUCUUACAUGUGCCCACUUGGAUCCCAGGAUCGGACAGCCAGCGACCCAUCAGUUCUGAACAGAGGAGAAGUACAGUGGUAGCUUGGUUCUCAAACUUAAUCUAUUCCGGAAGUGCGUUCCAAAACCAAAGCGUUCCAAAACCAAGGCAUGCUUUCCCAUAGAAAGUAAUGCAAAACGAAUUGAUCCGUUCCAGACUUUUAAAAACAACCCCUAAAACAGCAAUUUAACAUGAAUUUUACUAUCUAACGAGACCAUUGAUCCAUAAAAUGAAAGCAAUAAACAAUGUACUGCAGGCACACAAUCAAUCAGUAGCUGAACUGGGUUCCACACAGUCACAAAAACAAAAAAAGAGCCGCAAAAACAAAAACGCAAAAUAAAUAGCAAAAACAAACAGACCUCAGCGUAACACUCAAAACAGAGCACAUUUGCCUUCUGAAAAAAGUUCACAAACUGCAACACUUACUUCUGGGUUUGCAGUGUUCGGGUUUUAAGUUGUUUGAGUACCAAGGCAUUUGAGAACCAAGGUACCACUGUACAGAAACCUUCUCUCUGUGAGCAAGCAUAGCGAUGGCUGAUAUAGGUGCCUCCCCCUGCCUGUUGAUGUGGGGCACACCCAUGGUUAUGUCUCUUUUCUUUGCUUUUCCCCCCUUUUAAAUGUGGCCACCAUAACACCAUGCCCCCACAACAGCCAUUUCCCCACAUCCCCACGGCAGCCAUUUUGUAUUAUACCCCCAUGGCAGACAUUUUGUGUCAUGCCACGCUUUCCCUCAUGACAGCCAAUGGCUAGCACCGAUGGCACUUCCCCAAAGGUGCCCACUGACCCAGGAAGGCCAUUGAUUCCCUCCCUUAGCGUUGGGCAAUUCUGUUGUGCCAUCUGAGCUGAUACCUUUCAAGAGCCAGGGUGGCAUGGUAGUUAGAUUGUUGGGCUAGGACCUGGGAGGCCAGGGUUCAAAUCCUGACUCAGACCUUGGGCCAUUCCCAGUCUCUCAGCCUAACCUCCCUCACAGGGUUGCUGUGAGGAUAAGAUGGGGAGGAAGAGAAGCACGUACGCCACCUUGAACUCCUUGGAGGAAAGGUGGGGUGUAAAUGUAAUAAAUAAAAUUAAUUGCUCCUUCUUGCGCAGAUUGGCCAAUACUGACAAGUGUCCCUGGAAUACUGGCAUUAUUUCAGACCAUUGUCGUUCCUUCCUUCCCCGAAAGCCCCAGGUAUCUACUGAUUCAGAAAAAUGAUGAAGAAAAGGCCAUGCUAGGUAAUCACAUACAUGAACCACUUACAUAUUGGAGGGUGAGGGAUAAUAACAUUCAAAGUCUUAUUAGUGUUUACCUGAGAAGACAAUCUGAGAAUACAACUGAUAGCGCCUAGUGCUUUUUCUGGAUGAAGCAUGUAUGUUUGGUGGGGUGAGUCUGGAUGGCCUCUUAGGCAACACUCCAAAUCUGUCAUUCUUGGUUCUCAGAGAGAGAACAGCUGAAAUCAUUAUCCUGAAUCAUACCAUUGGUCCAUCUAGCUCAGUAUUGCUUACACGGACUGGCAGCAGCUCUCUGGGGUUUCAGGCAGGGAUCUCACCUAACCCUUCCCGGCGAGCCUUUUCAGUGGUGGCUCCCCUCUUGUGGAGGGCUCCAGUUUCUUCUUUGGAGGUGACCUCAGUUGUGUUUGUGGGAUGUAAUCCAUUGGUGCAGUCAAAUGCAACAUUCCUUGUUUCCCUAGAGUGGGCACAGGCAGGGGACAUCCAGUGUAACUUCCUGUUCCACUGCUCUGGAGCAUCCUCCUCCUGCAUGUGACCUGGGAGAUGGGCGUGGCUCUGGCUGACUCCAUAAAAGAGCCGAGUCAUGCAGCUAUUUUCUCAGUCUGAAUUACUUGCUUCACUUGCUCUCUUGCUUGCUGCUCUCUUGCUGCCAUGCUGCUCUCCUGCAGCCAUUUUGUUCUCUUAUUAAUGUACCGUAUUUUUCCGUCUAUAAGACGCCCCCAUGUAUAAGACGCUCCCUAUGUGGGGCGACUCUGAUUUAAGAAAAUGGGAAAUAUCUAUCCAUGUAUAAGACACCCCCAAAUUUUGGACAUUAUUUUUUAGGGAAGAAACCUAGUCUUAUACACAGAAAAAUACGGUAAUUUUUGCUGUCUACUGGCACUCAGCCAGCUCUGAACAACAACAAGCAACACGUUGGCUAAUAAUAUACCGACAAUAUUUUUAUAACACUAUAAACAGAAGACAUAUAAUAUGUGCAUGGAGUCACAAACGAAUAAGAAUCAGAUAAAUGUUCCAUAACCAGGAAUGGUAGGAUUGGUAAGUCACUGUCAAGGAUCACUGAAAUAGAGGAAGAAUGCCUUUCCACAGUCAAUAUCCUAUCCAAAAUAUAGUUGGAAGUAAGUUGGAGCACGGUGGUGCUACGGGCACAACACUACAAACGUGAGAUGAUGGGUGCUCCAAAUGUCGCAAUAGGGUGCUCCAAGCACAGCACCAGACAGAACAGUUCUUCCAGGAUAAUGAACUGUUUCAAUGAUGGAUCUUCGCCAGCAAAUUAAUAAUCCCCAAAGGUACAUCAAAUGGCCGUGGAUCAGCUAUCACUCAAAAGUAAGCACAUGAGUUCAGUCUUCAUAUGAGAUGAACUCACAGUUUGUUGUGUAACCACUAAGUAAAGCCUGCCUUUCUGGGAUCAAAUUGUGAACUGAAAUGUGAGUAAACUUUUUGUUACUUUACUCAGAAAGACUCUUGUGUCUUUAUUCUUUUAAGGGGGAAUAAACUUAACUAAGAGAUUCAAAAGAAUCUGCAAACUAGCUUCCAGCUAUAUUGAGGGGAAUUUGCUCUGCUACAUCACUUCACUAGCCUGAGUGAAGAAAGGAUAAUACUUAUUCAAUAUAUCCUUUCCUACUAUCUUUAACAUUCCCACAGUGUUUUCCGUGAAGCUCCAUUGAAUGUAGCAGAACACCCAUCAAUCGAUUGAUCGAUUGACAGGUAAUAGAACUAGAACACCAUUCUCUUGAAACGGAGGCAGCUUAUGUUUGCAGUGCUCCCAAACGCUUAGCUUUGGCGCAUGCAGAACAGCUCCUCCUUGGUGUCUUUCUCCAGAGUGACCCUAGGAGCCAGUCCUCAGUGGCCGACUCACCUGUCUUCACUCAGAUUGGCUCCAAGCAUCACAACGGGUGAGGUGGAACAUCUUCUCAGUGGCCAAAAAGCUGGCUGGGUGUCUCUGGGAUGCUGGAGACCGGGAACCCGCUGCAGAAUUUGUAACUGGUUUUUGCCCCCCCCCCCACUACACCUCUUGUGUUUGGUACUGCAAGAAACUCUCCCCACCAGCCUCUGUCCCCCGCUAUUCAAAGGCUUUUUCCAUUGCUGCUUCUUUCCAGCCUUGCAGAAGCUGAGGCACAAUGAGGAUGUGCAGGAGGAGAUAGAAGAGUUGCAGCAGGAGAAGAUGGCUGAGAAGACGGAGAAGAGCAUGAACUCACUUAAGCUGCUGUGCUUCCCAAGCCUGCGGUGGCAAGUCCUCUCAGUCAUUAUCUUGAUGUGUGGCCAACAGCUCUCUGGAGUCAACGCAGUAAGGAAGGCAAUAUCCACAAGCGGUUAGAACAAGGGAGGGGAAGUGGGACCCUUGGCCGUCCAGGUGCGGCUGGACUACAACUCCCAUCAACCCCAGCAAGGACGGCCAAUGGCUGCGGGUGUUGAGAGUUGGCGUUCCAGGGCACUUCCAAUGAAGCUGAGCUUUAGAAGAUUCAGGGCGGAGGGAAAGAAGGACUUCUUCAUAGAUAAACUAUGGAACUAUGGCCCCACACAGGAGGCCGCGAUGGCCACCACCUCGGGUGGCUUUAAAAGAGGAUUGGGCAAAUUUGUGGCACAGGCAGCGCCGCAUUUAGGGUCACAAGCAGUAUGGGCUGAGCUUGUUUUGCAUCCAAGCUCCGUCAGCCUUUUGGGGGCCCAGUGGCCAUGUUUGGAAUGUUGAGGGGAGUGCCGUGGGCACCAGUCACAAAAUGGCUGCUGGGCAGGAAGGAGACAUGAAACAAAAUGGCUGCCACAUCCAAAAGAGCAGAAAAGGGGGCAUCACCCCCCAGAUGGUGUGUGGAUGCUGUUACAACCGCUGCCCCACCAACGGAGGUGGGGAGGAAGGCACCUACAUCAGCAACUCUCAACCGGGACAGAAGCUCUUUGAUGCUUGUGCUUGGCUUGCGAGUUUCCUGUAGGCAUUUGGGUGGCCACUGUGGGAACAGGGGUAUUUUUAUGUUCUCAUGCCCCUUCCCCGUUUUCAGAAUGAGAAGGAAGGGUGAGUGUUCAGUCCUGGCUUCCAGUGCCUUUUGGGCAUGUUUAAGGGGGCAUGUUCAAUGCACGAGUCUUCAGGAACUGAGCACAAAGAGCAAACAAUCUCAAGCAGAUUGUAGAUUUUUGAGAGGAUAUUUAUCAAGAGCGUUCACAGGCACCACAAAGGGUACUGGUAGGUACACCCGCCCCUUGUGGGCACGACUGCAGUGACCUUUGAUUCCCAUAUAGUCAGAGAUUCAGAGGGUUGCCUGCCUAUGUAUGUUGGCAACUGCAAACAGUUCUUGUCUGUGCAGAAGAAAUGUGAAGAGCUGGAUUUAAGGCUGGAAAAGAAACAAAAACGGACCAAUUUCCCAUCCCUAGUUUGGAGUUGGAGAGAAAAGAUCUUAGGCUUCAUUUUGUAGACAGUGCCUCCAAACCCUGAGUCAGCAACAGGACCAUCGCCCAGUAAGCUAAAAGUCUCAGUUGUUUUGGUCUCAUUUCAGGUAUACUUUUAUACAGAGAGAAUCUACCUGUCUACAGGAACUGAUCUAAAUAAUGUCCCAUACAUCCGUGUAGCGUCAAGCGUUGCCAUCAUCACUGCAGUCUUUGUCGGGGUAAGCCUGCCUUACUUUCACCUUUUUUUCUGCCCCUUAAAGUCUCAAAGCUCAGUCUGCUCCAAAAGAUGUUCCUGCGCUGCAAACAUUAGCAGCAGUUUUGUGCCGGCACUUAGGAAUACAAGAAGGCACCUUAUUCCAAGUCAGACCCUUGGUGCAUCUAACUCUGUAUUGUCCACACUGACGGGCAGCAGCUCUCCAGGCUUUCAGCCUUUCCUGGCCCUACCUGGCCUGAGCCUUGGAGGGAGGGGCUCACAGCAUUGACACUCCAACAGAUCUUGCCUCCUCGUGAGGUUCCCAGGGAGAUCACCAAGGCUAGUAUAGAGCAGUAUGUUCUUCUGUAUGUCCAGCUUCCAGCAUCAGCCAAAGUUCAUACAUACUCUCACGACACACAGCCCCACUUGGCUCCCUGUUCUCUAUCAAGGUGAGGUGGUAAAAGACCCACCCGUUUGUUUCUGAGCCCUCUCUCUCACCCCCAUUUUAAACUUACUAAGAACCCUGCAAGGUUGGUUAAGCUGAGACUGAGUGCUGCGUCCUUCCUUUUUCACAUGCUUUCUUUCCCUUGCUGUUACAUUCUCUAGAUAUUUUACAUCGACUCAAUGGGGCGAAAGUUCCUGCUGCUCCUUGGUUUUGGCAUGUGCACCAUCCUCUGCAUCGUAUUAACCAUGAACCUUGAACUUCAGGUUGGUUGGUUUUUUCUGAACUCUUCAAGCACCGAUGUCCUUGAAAGCCAAGCGUUACUCCGUCGAUUGCUCCUUGGCUAUGUGCACGCUAGCAACUGAAAGAGCAUCACUCCUUUUGAUGGCUCUUUCGCUGUGUACACAUUAACACUUUGAAAUGCAGCGACGUCGCUUCUCUUCUGCUGCGUUUCAAGUUGUGUUUUCACAUUGCUGUGCACACCAGAGAGGAGGCACCUGGUGCAUAUUGCAUGUUGGGUUUCCCCACCUCUGCAAUCCACCUGCCCCCAGACAGAUGAAGCUGUCAACUGCAUAUUUCUUUCACAAAAUUUAUAUACCACUUGUUCAUUAAAUAAAAAAAGCCCUCAGAGUUUCACAAUAGGAAUAAAACAAUGAAAUUAUUUAAACAGUUUAUAACCACUACAGUCGUACCUUGAAUCCCAGACACCCUGGAACUCGAACGUUUUGGCUCCUGAAUGCCGCAAACCCGGAAGUGAGUGUUUCGGUUUGCGAACAUUCUUUUGGAACCUGAAUGUCUGGAGGGGCUUCCACGGCUUCUGAUUAGCUGCAGGAGAUUCCUGCAGCCAAUCAGAAGCUGCAAUUUGGUUUUCGACUUCCAAGGUACAACUGUAUCUUUAAACCUUUAUUAAAAAAAUUAAAACAUGUGCUGGCAUUCUACAUGUCACCUAAACAGUUGAGCUAAGUCUGGGACCUUUUGCAGACCAAGAACUGCAUGUCAGUGGUGGGUGGGGCUAGAAGCAAAAGUAGGCUGAGCAAUGAACUCACAUCAUUUGCCUUUGUAGAGUAGGCUGGUUUCUGCACACACCUUCCCAAACCCCUUCUCUCACCUCCUUCCAGGCAUGCAAGAGGCAUGAUCAGAGUUCAAAGAGCACAUUUCCAGCGGGGCAAAAACACACUGAAGGAGGGUGUGUGGAGCAAGGCUGAUAUGGCCUUGGAAUAGGUCGCAGCUCUCUAUAAAUGAGUGUGAGUGAUCGAGGCCUCGCAUUAACAUCACUCCUAUUUACACAGUUGAUAUGUGGGGACCAUACCUUAUCAAAAUGGUCAUAUUUGGUUUGGAUAAUAAUAAUAAUAAUAAUAAUAAUAAUAAUAAUAAUAAUAAUUUAUUAUUUAUACCCCGCCCAUCUGGCUGAGUUUCCCCAGCCACUCUGGGCGGCUCCCAAUCAAGUGUUAAAAAACAGUACAGCAUUAAAUAUUAAAAACUUCCCUGAACAGGGCUGCCUUCAGAUGUCUUUUAAAGAUAGGAUAGCUGCUUAUUUCCUUCACACCUGAAGGGAGGGUGUUCCACAGGGUGGGCGCCACUACCAAGAAGGCCCUCUGUCUGGUUCCCUGUAACCUCACUUUUCGCAAUGAGGGAACCGCCAGAAGGCCCUCGGCGCUGGAUCUCAGUGUCCGGCCCUCAGUCUCCACUCCGCGAUGGGGUGGAGACGCUCCUUCAGGUAUACAGGACCUUCAGGCAUACAGGACCGAGGAUUUUAACAACCCUUCUGCGCAGCACAAGGUGCUUAAAAAAGGACCAGAUCUUUCCCUUGCUAUCCCAUCAGAGAUGCUCCUCUGACACUGGCACGUUUUCAAGAAGGGGGCCAGGCCUCCCCCAAACCCUGCGGCAAUCCUCAAGAGGACGCACCAGGACGAAAAUGCUUGGCUGUACCGCGUCCUUUUGAGAAUCGCCAGGGAUGUGGCAGGGUGAAGCAUGUUCGCAGGCCAAGUCAACCUGGCCAGGUUUUGGGGGGGGGGUGUCAUGCGUGUGACAUCAUGCACAUGUGAUGGGCACAACUCAUUUUGGGCGCAACUCAGUGCCGCUGUCCUCUGGAGUCUUCCCAGUCGGAAGUGAUCUCUCCUGAGUAAACAGCGUCUGACUUACCAGUAGUAUCAGCGAUGACAUCAAAAGCACUUGGCCCAAACCUAGCAAGCUUGACAUGCUCCCACAACUCUCUCCAACAGGGAGAUGCCUUGUGGAUGUCUUACGUCAAUGCGUUUCUCAUCAAUAUUUUCCUCAUGGGACAUGCCGUCGGACCUAGUAAGUGCUCAGGUGAUAAUCAGAGUUCCUUGGAGGAGGCGCAGGAUGUGAAGAGCAGAAGGUUUCAAGGAUCGAGGGUGGUCAGGCAUCCAAAGCCUUUAUUUAUCCUCAGCCCCUUCCACCACAGUGUGUCAGGAGCCAGAGUCAGGUGUAGAUCAGCAAUAAAAAACACACAGUGCCAGCAAAAACUCUUACAAAAUAGCGCAGCCCUAAUGAUCCCAGCAACUCUUCCCUUUCCAGUGAGGCUAGGCCGACUCUCUCCUUGUACUUCCACUGGCUGGUGAAGACUGUUUUAUUCUGGCAGGCCUUUGGGAACUGAGUGUUUUGUUGUUUUUAAGGAAAGGGCCUUGGUGUUUUUAGUGUUUUUAUUAUCUGCAUUUUAACAAAUUUUGGGCUUGGUUUUUUUCCAUUGUUUUAAUCCUGUUACAGUUUAAUGCAGAAGUCAGCAAACUUUUUCAGCAGGGGGCCGAUCCACUGUCCCUCAGACCUAGUUGGGGGCCGGACUAUAUUUUGAAAAAUAUGUAUGAACUAAUUCCUAUACCCCACAAAUAACCCAGAGAUGCAUUUUAAAUAAAAGCACACAUUCUACUCAUGUAAAAACAUGCUGAUUCCCGGAUCGUCCGCGGGCCAGAUUUAGAAGACGAUUGGGCCAGAUCCAGCCCCCGAGCCUUAGUUUGCCUACCCAUGGUUUAACGUAAUGGGAUUAAAUAUGAGAUUACAGUUUCGUAAGAUCCCUUGAGUCUCAGGUUCUGUGGAAAGAGCAGGGUGCAAAUUAAUAAUGAAAAUAAUAGUAGAUGGGUUUCCAAGACUGAAGAAUCUACUGGGCUUCGUAUUGAACCGCAGAAGUGCCACGAUCCUGUUUUCUGUUGAUGUUUGUUAAUGGUAUGUUCAGAAGAUCUCUGAAUAAAAGUAGUUUGUAGCACUUUACAUGAAAAACCCAUUAAAAAAAUGGAAUGCCAUUUUGAGGCCAAUGGUUUUAUAUUAUUCAUGAUUGUUUGAAAGAUUUCUAAUCUGCUUUUCGGGUGGGGGGGGGGCUUCACAAAGUGGUGUAGAAAAUAAGCAUCAAAGUAUGGCCCAACUUAAAAACUUUUUAAAAAUCCACUUUGUGGUUAAAAUAUAUAUAACAACAAAUGACCCCAACAAAAUACCUCAAUGUAUGGGGGGGGGUUCUUGUUUCGUUGUUUUUGUUUUAACUAAUUACUUGUGUUUUUACCUUGUAUUUUAUCCUGCGAACCACCCUGAGAUCUUGUCAUGAAGGGCAAUAUAUAAAGCCAAUAAAUAACGAUGACAACAACAACGAGAAAAUAAAACAGAUAAACAGUUAAGCAGUUACUAAAAAACACAGUAAAGACAGAGGCAAGAUUAAACCACUUAAAAAAAAUAGUUCUCGUUUUAAAAAAUAAAAAUAAAAAAAUCUCCUCCCAACGAGCAGUGAACCCUUUUCUCUAUGCAGGUGCUCUUCCCAACCUGAUAAUAGCAGAGAUUUUCCUUCAGUCCUCGCGGUCCUCAGCCUAUGUGGUCGGGGGAUUUGUGCAUUGGUUCCUAAACUUCUUCAGCAUUGUGACCUUCCUCAAUAUACAGGUGAGUGAUUCUGGUAGUCCGUGGGUGUUCUGAACCUUCUGCAGCGAAGGGCUGUAGCUCAGCAGUAGAGCAUCUUCUUGGCAUGCAGAAGGAUGUUGAGGACCUAGGAAGCUGCCUUGUCCCUCGCUAGUCCAUCUAGCUAAGGACUGUCUACACUGACUGCCAGAGGCUCUCUAGAGUUUCAGAUAGGGAGUCCUUCUCAGUCCUACUUGCAGUCGUCGGGCGUUGAACUGAGCAACUUCUACAUGCAAGGCAGAUGCUCUGACACUGAGCUAUGGUAUUUCCUGUAAAAAACCCAAAACAAAACGUAAGAUUCUAGUCCUCCUAAUUCUAGGUAAAGGGUUGAAUAAGAACAUAAGAAGCUGCCUCAUAUCAAGCCAGAUCUUUGGUCUAGCUAGCUCAGUAGUGUCUACACAGACUGGCAGUGACUCUCCAAGGUUUCAGAGAAGGGGCCGCUCCCAGUUUUACCUGAACUUGCCAGGGAUUGAAUGAGGGUGGCGCUGUGGGUUAAACCAUAGAGCCUAGGACUUGCUGAUCAGAAGGUUAGCAGUUCGAAUCCCCAUGACAGGGUGAGCUCCCGUUGCUUGGUCCCUGCUCCUGCCAACCUAGCAGUUUGAAAGCACGUCAAGUGCAAUUAGAUAACUAGGUACCGCUCUGGCGCAAAGGUAAACGGCGUUUCCGUGCACUGCUCUGGUUCGCCAGAAGCGGCUUAGUCAUGCUGGCCACAUGACCUGGAAGCUGUAUAUAUUUAUUGACCCUCAGCCAAUAAAGCGAGAUGAGCGCUGCAACCCCGGAGUCGGCCACGACUGGACCUAAUGGUCAGGGGUCCCUUUACCUUUACCCCCGAGCCACAGCCAUGGGCGUAGCCUGGGGGGGGGCAGCUCUCCUCCCCUCCCCCAAAAAUCAAGUAAUUAAAUAAAAAUACUUAAGUAAAAGUAUAGGGACCCGGGUGGAGCUGUGGGUAAAAGCCUCAGCGCCUAGGACUUGCCGAUCACCUGGUCCCAAUACUUCCCUUUUGUGGUGUUACGAGAGAGAGAGAGAGAGAGAGAGAGAGAGAGAGAAACCAAGCCUUAUGAGGAACAGUUGAAGGAGUUGGGUAUGUUUAGCCUGGAUAAGAGAAGACAGAGCAGUGAUAUAGAACUGUAGAGUUUGACUCAAGUGUCCUCUAGUAGCUAUCUUCAAAUAUCUGAAGGGCUGCCACAUAGAAUACAGAGCAAGCUCCCCCCCUCCCCUGUUGCUCCAGAGGGCAGGGCCCAAACCAAUGGAUUCAAAUGGCAAGAAAGAAUAUCCCAGGUAAACAUCAGGCAGAACUGUCGACAGUGGAACCAACUAUCUCAGAGGAUUCUCUGGCUGUGACUUCUGCAUUGUAGCAGGGGGUGAGACCAGAACACCCUUGCCAGGGGGUCUCUUCCAACUUUACAAUUCUAUGAUUCUACGAGAUAACCCGGCCUUGAGUUCCUUGAAGGAAAAAAGCACUGGGAAAUAUAAUGUGCUAAAUUAAUAAGCUUAUGCCUUUCUGCGGGUAGAUCUACACACAGGGAAAAACCCCCACUAUAGAUAAGUCAUAAAAAUUAAAUCUUUAUAACAAAAGGAAAAAAAACCUGUAUGUAAAAUCACAUAGAAAAGUUUCCUGCUCUACAGCGCCAUCUGGUGUUGCAUGUUUAUAACACAUUUAAAACUCAGUUUUUUUACUCAUGUUGCUGAGCCCUGUUUCUCUGUGUGUGUGUUGCUGCUCCUGUUGCUUUCCAGAAAUACAUCGGAUUCUUCAGCUUCCUCAUCUGCUGUCCGAUAUGUGCUGCCACCUUCUUUUUCAUCUUAAAGAUGAUCCCAGAAACCGCGCACCAGACUUUUCUGGAAAUCAGGAAGCAACUGCCCAUCUACGUGGCCCAAAGGCAGAUCACCAAGAUGGAGCGAAUGCCGAGGAGAAAUACCAGGCGGGCGUUGGGGGAGGGGCAAAACCCCGUGUAGAAUUUGAUUAUAAACAUUUAUAAUUGAGCCAUGA